AUGUUCCAGAAGGCGCAAAAUCGGGGCAGUUGCAGCAUCCAAAUGGAGGCCAGCAAAAGCGAAACCCAAGAGAUGAGCCCGCGGGCAGAUUUGUUCUUCAAGAUGAAAAAAGUGAACAACACUGACAAACAGCGUCUAAGCAAGCUCCCGCACCAGGAGCUUGUUGACCUGGAGUUCAAAGACCUCUCUUACACCGUCCAGGAGGGGAUCUGUUGUCAGAGGAAAGGUUUCAAAAUGCUCCUCAGCAAUGUGUCUGGGAAAUUCAACAGUAAAGAGCUCACUGCGAUCAUGGGACCUUCCGGAGCUGGGAAGUCUACGAUGAUGAAUGUCCUGGCGGGAUAUAGGGAAAGGGGCAUGACGGGCCAAAUGCUGGUCAAUGGUCACCCAAGGGACUUGGUGAAAUUCCAAAAGAUGUCCUGCUACAUCAUGCAAAGUGAUGCUUUAAUGCCUCACCUCUCAACAAAGGAGGCUAUGAUGGUGGCAGCCCAUUUAAAACUAAAUGAACCGUUGUCGGUCAAAAAGAAGACUGUGAAUGAAAUAUUGACAGCUUUAGGCCUGAUGGGCUGUGCUAAAACACGCACCGACAAGCUCUCAGGGGGCCAGUCGAAAAGACUGGCCAUUGGUCUCGAGCUGGUGAACAAUCCGCCUGUGAUGUUCUUUGAUGAGCCCAUCAGUGGCUUGGACAGUGCAACAUCGGUGCAAGUCAUCUCUCUCCUGAAGUGUCUGGCUGAUGGAGGCCGGACAAUCAUCUGCACGAUUCAUCAGCCCAGUGGCAAUCUCUUUCAGAUGUUUGAUCGGCUGUUCAUUCUCAGUGAAGGCCAAUGUAUAUACAAAGGCACGGUCUCCCACCUCAUCCCUCACCUGACUACCCUCAACCUUCAUUGCCCAAAGUACCACAAUCCAGCGGAUUUCAUCAUAGAGGUGGCGACAGGAACGCACGGGGACAUGCAGGCUGUGCUAUUUCAGGCCGCUCAAAGCAGCCCGUGCUGUGAGGAGAGCACGCGACAGGUGGAGCACAGCCAAGGUUCCUCGAAGGACUUGGAAUUGGAACUAAAGCCCGUUGAAAAGCAAUACUUUGCCACAAGUACAUUCAAACAAUUCUACAUCCUCUUUAAAAGGAACCUGACGGCGAUACGCAGAGACACAAUGCUGACCCACCUGAGGGUGAUCUCCCACAUCGUGAUGGGAGUGCUGAUCGGCCUGCUUUACCUCAACAUUGGAAACGACGCCAAAUUUGUCGUCAACAACUGCGGCUUCCUUUUCUUCUCCAUGUUGUUCCUCAUGUUCGGCGCCCUGAUGCCCACCGUUCUAACCUUUCCUUUGGAAAUAGCCAUCUUUAUCAGGGAGCACUUAAACUCCUGGUACAGCCUACACGCAUACUACUUGGCCAAAACAUGUGCGGACGUACCGUUUCAGAUGAUCUGCCCAAUCCUGUACUGCAGUAUUGCGUACUGGAUGACAGGCCAGCCUGCAGAGGGGAUUCGCUUCUUUCUCUUUCUGUGCUUUUCUACAUCAGUCACUCUGGUUGCUCAGUCGCUGGGGCUGCUCAUAGGGGCAGCAUCUCCGUCACCACAGGUCGCCACCUUUGUCGGGCCGAUCACAGCCAUUCCUGUCGUCUUGUUCUCGGGAUUUUUCGUCAAUUUCCAAAACAUCCCCAAUUACCUUCAGUGGACCUCUUACGUUUCCUAUGUCAGGUACGGCUUCGAGGGAGUGCUCCUCGCCAUCUACGGUUUGGAUCGCGAAAAUCUGGAAUGUAAUGACCAGCAGUGCAAAAACUUAGAAUACCCAAAUAAUACUCUGACAAUGAUGGAUGUGGCAGAUGCCAAGAUCUACUUGGAUUUCAUUGUCUUGGGAAUUUUCUUCUUGGUCAUCAGGGUGUCCAUUUAUCUCGUUCUGUGCUGUAAAGUGAAAGCUUCCCGUUGA